AACUGUUAAGAAUAUAAAUAAAGUUGAAGUGUGUAAAAUCAAAGUGCAACAAAUCGGCACUUUACAAAAUCAGCUGAUGUGAAUGCAAGUUUGCUGAGGGGUGGAAGUUGUGUUAAAAAGAGGGUGGAAAGAUAGACACAGACAGUACAGCAGCCAUCAUGGAAGAGCGUGCCGUCUUGGCAAAUAUAGCCACCAUUAUUAGCAAGGACUUACUAAUUGAUCAACAAUCUAGAAACAGCAAGAGCGACACUGGCAGCAAAUUUCCACUGCUUGAUGUCAGUGAUGAUGAUGAAGCAGAAAUCUUUGCAAUGAUGAUGUCCCAGCGAAAGACAAAACAAAAGCGCAAGAAGAGGAGCGGCGAGAACACUGCUGCAGCGCAGGAGCCACAAAAAUCUAUGCCUCCUGUCAAAGCACCAAAACUAGAAUGGAAAUAUGCCGAGCUCAAUCUAUUGCAUCGCUAUGUGGACACACAGUUUGAAUCCUUUUUGCAUAUGCGCAAACUUUCAUUUUUGAAAAUACACCAAGCUCUGGAGGAAAUUUUAAAAAGAAACGCUCUGCCUGGAUCGCCCACCCCACAGACGACCGUCUCGCUGGCUUUGUGGAAAUUGUGCACGGAUGAGCAUUUUGAAGAAAUAGCACGCAAAUUUCAGUUUCCCUGGUCUGUGUGCCAGCAGGUUGUGCGCAGCUUUUGGCAUAUUGUCUCAGACCACUAUGAGAGCUUUAUUAAGUGGCCCAACUCGAUACAAGCGCAACAGCAAACCUUGAUCGGGUUCCAAAAUUUGGCGAAGCUCAGCUGUUUCAAAGAACUAUUUGGUAUAAUUGCGCUGAAGCGUAUCGAAGUCUUCCUGGAGUGUGAGCAUGCUGAAGUGGCAGUUGUGAUGCAGCUGAUUUGCAAUGCAGAGCACAAAAUUAUCGACUGCUAUGUGGAACUGGAGCAGGACUACACAUUUGAGGAGUCGCCCAUUGGUCAAACACUCGCUCUUAAUCCGCGCACUAUGCCAGCUGGUAGCUAUCUCAUUGGCAGCAAUAGCUUUCCAUUAAAGUCAUACUUAAUACGACCCAUCGAGGCAGAGUGCUUUCGGAAGGAUGCCAUUUUCAAUAGCCUGCUAGAGCCGGCCUAUCAGCUAGCCGACAAUGUGCUGGACACUUUGUCAAGACGCUUUAAUACACUCUAUGCUUUGGAAGCGCGUGAUUUGAACGAGGUGCGCCUCAUUGUGGAGAGCAUCUGUGCCAUGCAUAAUCUGUGCAUUGAAAAUCAGGACGACUAUUUGGAUAUUGGACAACAUACAUUUAGCUGGGGCGGCACAGUUUCUGUUCAUAAGGGAAGUGAAAAAGAUGUAAAAGGAUUAAGAAGACGCGUCGAGCUACUGGAUGCGGUAGUUAACAGCGAACAUGACGAUUAAUCUAAUAUGAAUUACACUUACUUAACUUUUUAAAAUACGCACCUAAUUUUAAAUACAUUCCCAUCGAUAAUUUUUAAUCGACGUGCUUUCAGUUGGGCGUGGUGGCAACUCUGCCA